AUGGCACCUUCAGAAAGUGCACAGGGUGACACAAUGCCCUCCGAAAAAGAUGGGCUUGAUAAGAAAGUCACAAACGGCGAGCAGAAAGUAGCCUCAAUGGCUGAGCACAUACCAGGAACAAACGGCACGGGCAAAGCAGCCAAGGGAUCAGAGCAAGGGCAAAAGUUGGCUGAUGUGCCAAAAGAAAAGGAGCUGUCAGGCAAAGAGAAGAAGGAAUUAGCCAAAGCUCAGAAGAUUGCGAAGAGAGCGGCAGAGAAACAAAAACAGCAAGGUCAACCAGCGGUCGACUUAGUUGCGGGAUAUAAGGGAGACCUUCCAAAUGACUCAGGAAAAAAGGGCCCCUUGGGCCCAGCAACGCCUGCGAAGACCCAACACAAAAAGACGGGCUCUACCAGCGCAGGGGCGCAGUCUUCUUUGCCGCACCGACAAGCUCUAUCGCAUGCUGCACCGGCCGUUGCCGAGCCAGGAAAAGAGAACAAAAAUGUCGCCCUUUUCGAUCAUCUGUAUGGCCACCCCAGAAGAACCACGGUUGCAGGAGCGGGUAAAGAUGUUCACCCUGCUGUGCUAGCUCUAGGAAUACAGAUGAGGAACUACAUAGUAUGUGGGAGCAGUGCUCGAUGUGUUGCCAUGCUAUUAGUAUUCAAGAGGGUUAUUGAGUCGUACACGACUCCUCCCAGAAACUCGCUACCACGCCAUCUCACCAUACUUCUCUCGUCCCAGAUCGACUACCUUGUUUCUUGCCGCCCUAUCUCGAUAUCUAUGGGCAAUGCCAUACGAUGGCUGAAAGUGGAGAUUUCCAAUGUCGAUGUCAGUACCCCUGAGUCGCAGGCCAAGUCCGACCUUUGCGACUUGAUAGACACUUAUGUCCGAGAGAAAGUCACGGUAGCAGACCAGGUCAUCGCAAACAAGGCAAAUGACAAAAUAGAGGAUGGCGAUGUCAUCAUGACAUUUGCCAAGAGUAGCAUUGUUCAGCAAACCCUUGUAGAAGCCUUCCGGAGAGGCAAAAGGUUUCGAGUCAUCGUCGUUGAUUCGAGACCGUUACUCGAAGGCAAAAACCUAGCACGAGCUCUAGCAGACCUAGGCUUGGAAGUACAAUACUCCCUCACCCACGGUAUCAGCCAUGUUAUCAGAGACACAACCAAAGUGUUCUUAGGUGCUCAUGCCAUGAUGAGCACGGGGCUCUACUCUCGAGUCGGUACAGCACUUGUCGCUAUGAGCGCCAAAGAAGCCAACGUUCCCGUAAUCGUGUGCUGCGAAAGCGUCAAGCUUACAGAGAGAGUGGCCUUGGAUAGCUUCGUGCACAACGAGGUCGCCCCGGCUGAGGAACUGAUGAUCCAGGGCAAAACUUCUUCGCCAUUGUCCAAUUGGGUAGACGUACCAAAUUUGCAGCUCCUCAAUCUCAUGUACGAUCUCACGCCUGCAGAGUAUAUCAACAUGGUAGUCACGGAAUACGGCAUAAUACCUCCUAGCUCUGUACCGGUCAUUAUCCGUUUGAGCACAAACACUUGA